AUGAACAAACUUCCAGCAGAGGAGUUGUUUUGGGACGCUGUCGAGCUUCACCAGAUACAAGGGUUCUGGUACUUAACCGAGCUCAAAGAUACGACCGACGCCUUCAGGUCACGGUUCCAGCCCAGGAGAGACGACGUCGUCUUGACAUCCUUCGUCAAAACCGGGACAACAUGGCUCAAGGCUCUCUGCCACAACAUCAUUCACCUCGAAAACGACGCUCUGGCGAAGAAGAACCCACACGACUUGGUGCCGAGCCCACCGGGCCGGUUGUUCCACACCCAUUUGCCCUACACUAACUUGCCGGAGUCGGUGGCGAGGUCCCGGUGCAAGCUCGUGUACGUGGCGCGGAACCCCGAGGACACGGUGGUGUCGAUGUGGCAUUUCUACAACAAGUUUCACAGAGCCGAGUUCCCGCUGGAGAGAGCGGUGGAGAGCUUCUGCAGCGGGGUUGUGCCCUGGGGGCCUUUCUACGAACACCUGGUGGGAUACUGGGAAGAGAGCAAGCGACGACCCGAGGAGGUGUUGUUUCUCAAGUACGAGGAUUUGGUUAGAGAUCCCAAAAAGCAGGUGAGGGAACUGGCUUCCUUUCUGGGGAAACCGUUUUGCCCCGGUGGCGAUGGUGAUGAGGUGGUGGAUAAGGUGCUGUGGCGUAGCAGUUUGGAAAGGUUGAAAGAGCUGGACAUUAACAAGAAUGGUAUCGAGAAGCAAAAACAACGACCGAAUACCAUUUUUUUCAGGAAGGGAGCUGUCGGAGAUUGGAAGAACUACAUGAUGGCCGAGAUGGCUCAGCGUAUUGAUCGACUCACUCAAACCAAGCUGCACGGGACUGGGCUUUCUCUCGACGAUUAUAUUCUUGGCUGA